AUGACCCCGUAUUUACAUUCUAUUUAUAAUUAUAAACAAGUCUGGAUUAUCAGUAAAGUUGAAAUUAUUAAUUUUGCACAUAAUAAAACAAAUAAAAUAAAAAUGUCGAAUUUGGGAGAUAGAAUCGUUGUUCUUAUUGACAUGGAUUGUUUUUUUUGUCAAGUGGAAGUUAAAUUAGCUCCUGAAUUGAAAGGAAAACCAUUAGCAGUUAUUCAGUACAGUUCGUUUGGACCUGGAAGUAUAAUUGCUGUAAACUAUGAAGCGAGAGAUUUUGGAGUGACUAGACAUAUGAAAAGUGAUGAAGCCAAAGAAAAAUGUCCACAGAUAGAAUUAGUUACUGUACCUCCCCUACGGAAUAAACCUGACACUGGAAGGUACCGUGCAGCAGGAAAAGAAGUUAUUGAUGUGCUGAAGAAACAUUGCAACGUUAUAGAACGAGCCAGUGUUGACGAAGCUUAUCUGGACAUAACAGACUUAGUAGAUAAAAAAAUGGAAAGUGUAUUUGGCCAGCCCAAGGACUUGGUAACUCAGUUGAAAAAUACGUACGUCGUUGGCUACUGUGAUUACGACACAAAUGACGAAGAAAAGCGAACAGAAGGCGUUAAUCGUUGGAUCACUGAAACUUUCGCUGAAUUGGGUGACAUGCAGUCCAGAAGAUUAGCAAUAGCUGGAAUUAUUGUUGAGCAUCUGAGAGCUGAAAUAUACUCGCAGUGCGAGUACAGAUGUUCUGCUGGUAUAUCUUACAAUAAAAUACUUGCUAAGUUGGCUUGUGGUCUGCAUAAGCCGAACCGUCAGACAAUUCUUCCAUUAGCAGCAGUUCCGACUCUGUAUUCUUCCUUGCCUGUAAAGAAGGUGAGAAACCUUGGCGGCAAGUUUGGAAAUAUUGUGAUGGAAUCAUUGGGAUGUAACGUAAUGGCUGAUUUGUUACGUUACUCAUUGCAAGAUCUUCAGAGAAGGUUUGAUGAAAAGACUGGCUCAUGGCUGUAUAAUAUUGCGCGGGGGAUUGACAACGAGCCGGUGACCAAUAGGCUAGUUUGUAAGUCAAUUGGAGCAAGUAAAAACUUUCCCGGAAAACAAGCGAUAACUAAAUUAGAAGUCUUAGAGACUUGGGCUCGAGAGUUGUCAUUGGAGUUGUCAGAUCGUCUUGAACAAGAUUUAGAAGAGAACCAACGACGUGCUACCUCGGUUACAAUUAGCUAUCAUUAUUAUCAGGAUCGAAAAAUUAUAGCACAGUCGAAAGUGUGCUCACUACCUUCUUAUAAAGCCGAGAAAAUAGCUAGUAUUUGUGUGGACGUUAUUUCAAAAGCUCUACAGAAGCCUAUUGCUUUAAUUAGUAUGUCUGCUGCGAAAUUCGUGCCUAUUAAAGGCAGUGAGAGUUUUAAAAAUUUUUUCAAGGCUCCCAGCAAACCUACUGUCGCUACUAAAACUGAAAUUGUUGCUGCUAAGACAGAACCUGUCGUUACUGCUGAGCCAGUUGAGUCUAAUUCUAAUUGUAUAAGUAAACAUGGUGCUAAUAAUGAAAAUGAUAGGGAAAAUAAAAUUGAUGAUGACGUCGACGAUAUUCCAUCGGAUAAAUUGGAAAAAAUUUGCGAAGAAAAGCUGAAAAUUAGUCAAGUAAAAGAUUCUUGUAAAAAAACUGAAAGUAAAAUUUUUAAUACACCGCCGAGUACUUUGAAAAGUAAACUCGGUAGUCCAAAAAGUUUGAACUUAAAUAAAACGUUGAAUGGAGAAAAUUUCAAAAAUUCUUUUUUCAUGAAUAUUUUGAAAAGUUCAAAAAGUUCUUUUGAUUCAAAACCUUCUGCGUCGACGUUUAAAAUGUUAGAAGAGUCUAAUGAAGGUAGUUCUGGUAAUCAUAAGUCUAUUAAUGAUAAUGAAGAUCAAUCAAUACCUGAAGAAAGAAAAGUAAAUACUGAAGAUUUACCGAGUGACUAUGAAUCACCGGAUAUUUUUGCGGAAUCACAACCUCAAGAUACUUCUAGGAUUAGCGAACUAGUAUGUGUAGACCAGAAGAAUGUCGGAGAAAUUAAAAAAACGAAUAGUAAUGAAGAUUUAAUAAAAUUAAAAGAAAUAUUUCCAGAUCUUGACAACAUUGAUCGAUCUGUAAUGCAAUUGCUACCUAUUGAAUUACAAAGAGCGGCUAAUAAAUAUUUACAAAAGAAAAGAUCUGUUGAUAUUUCUCCAAAAUCGAAAAAAAAUAAUACUAAAAAUUCAACGAGCAAAACAAAAGGACAGAAAAGUAAACCAGAAAAACCAAAAAAAGACAAUUUGAUUUAUAAUUUUCUCACUAAAAAUUCUGCUGGUAAUGAUUCAACUAUGAAAUUAUGUCCCGAGUGUAAUCAAAUGAUUAAAGAAGAUAAGUUUGCAGAACACUCUGAUUUUCAUAUGGCUAAAAACUUACAUCUGGCUAUCAAUCAACCAACGAGUGUCACCGCUGUUGUCAGUGAAACACCUAGUGAUAGUGACACAGGAACUCCGACUGCUAAGAGAAAAAUGAAUUUAAAUAGUUUUAAAUCGAACAAAAAACCACGGAAUAUACAAUCAUUUUUCACUUAA